AUGAAUAACCUGAGGAGGGCAGUCACAAAUCGGUGCAGCGGGAUGCUCAGGGGAGGAUUCCAAGUAAGGAGCCAAUUGGACAUGAGAAGGAACAGCCACCUGGUGAGGAUCAUAUGCACUCUGUCACAUGAGCAGACGAUAAGGUGUUUGGGGACAGUACAACGAAGGGGAUUCUUUUUUAAAAGUGAAAAAAAUGACAUGAUAAAAAACGAGAUUGAGGAAAUUUUAAAAACGGAUAAGGACCCCCUGAUGAUGGGGAAGGGGUUGACAAAAAACGUGACAGGAAGCGACUACAUGGGGGGGAGUGAACAGCAUGAACCACCAAGGGAGAGUAGCCAAAACGAGUAUAAGGGUAAAAGAAGAGGGAAGUUUAAAAGGCUAUUCAUUUUUAUAGCCUUCCAGAGUAUCCCCAUCGUGGGGCUUAUGUAUUUGUUUAAGUACAUAGAGAACGUAAAAUUGGCGGAGCUGAAUUUAACAUUCGAGUCAUCCGAUGAUAUAAUAAAAGAGGCCCUGAAACUCAUAAAGGGGGAUUCCAAAUGUUUCUGUAUGUACAGGGAGGGCGACGAAAUUAAAACCUUCUUCGUGGACCCCUUGGGGCCUGAGGACUCCGAGGUGAACUACGAGGCGGGCGGGGCAAACGCGACCGACGCGACGGGCGAGUCAACCUCGGCAGACGCGCUGAAGGUAGAAUUAGCCUCCCCGGGGAGUCAAGAAGAAGGCGCCAACGGGGACAGCCAAGCGGGGACCCCCCGAAAUGGAGAGCAGUCUGUUGGAGAGCGGUCUGUUGGAGAGUGGUCACGCAGGGACCCCCCAGACGCACCGCCCCACCCCCCCCGUUCGAACCAAAUGAAUGACCUAACUAAAAUCGUUUUAUCAAUUAACAAGCCAUUCAUGCAUAAAGUAAUGAACGUCAAGUCUCCCAGGGAGUUCCCCCUGAACUACCUCUACUUUUGCAUCUCCAAAAAUACGGAGAUCUACAAUUUUCUACAACAAAGAAAUGAGUUGGUAAGUCUUCUUUACUCAGAUGAUGCGAAAAACGUAUAUGUCACGUUGACAGGAUCCGCUUCCAUUAUUGAGAAUGAAGUCAUACGAAAUGUAAUUUGGACAGACCGCUGGUCCUACCUCAUUUCAGAUAACCUGCAAGACAAUUAUGUGUUAAUUAAAUUCACACCAUCUACUGUAUCGCUUAAAACCAUUGGCUUUAAAAAUCAGCACUGGAAGAGUAACAUCGUUCGCCGCUCCAUGACGGAUGACAAGAUGGCCUGGGUGAAGGCAUAG